GAUUCACAUGGAGGAGGGGUUUCACCAGGAGUGAGAGAGCUUAAAAGAGAUGGUGAGAAAAAGCAAGAGAGAGAGAGAUGCUGUGUGAGGGAGGAAGAUGCUGUUGCCAGGGAACAGUGAUGAAGUAGAAACGUCCAUCUUUUCCAGGUUGCGGUUUGCAGGAGGAUAAAAAGCACCAUUAAAUCAUGGAUGUAAAAUGGACUGAACGUGAAGAGAAGGAAACCUGCUGAUCCAUACAAAGAGAAUCAAAGAGAAGGAGGAUAGCAUUUCUCCGUCAGCCUCCUUCUACUGCAUCCAUAAACAGCAAGAAUCAUCAUCAGCUUAGAUCCUGAGCACAGGAGUGUGUCCUACCUGCAGAUGUAAACAUUGAUGACCCUAACUCUGCUCAGGCAGAUUUGAGGAGGAGAGGGGAGUGUCAACAAACAAAUCGAGGAAGCUUACGAUAAGGCGAAGAGGAAGACUUCCUUAUCACAGUAUAGAGCUGAACCCUGUCCUCCCCGGCAGAGGAUGGGUACAGCAGAAGCCACUUUACGCAUGGACAGCAUGGAGGUUAAGGACGAGUGGCAGGAUGAGGACUUCCCCAGGCCGCUUCCAGAAGAUGGAGAUUCUUCAUGUGGCCUCACUGACAACAGAACCAAUCCUCCAACCACUCUGAAUGUUGGCGAGACUGUUGCACAGCGCAAGCGCCGCACUCUGGUCGCCCCCGACAUGAACCUGUCCCUGGAUCAGAGCGAGGGCUCAGUGCUCUCUGAUGACUUCCUGGAAACACCAGACGACCUGGACAUCAACGUGGACGACAUCGAGACGCCUGAUGAGACGGACUCGCUGGAGUUCAUCAACAAUGGCACCGAGCUGGAGUGGGAAGACGACACUCCUGUGGCCACUGCCAAGCGUCUUCCAGGUGAGGGGGAAGAGGAGAGAGACUCUUCUGGCCGUCUUUGGCGAACAGUGAUCAUCGGUGACCAGGAGCAGAGGAUCGACAUGCAGGUCAUCAGACCCUACCUGAGGGUGGUCACACAUGGAGGUUAUUAUGGGGAAGGUCUGAAUGCCAUCAUCGUGUUUGCAGCCUGCUACCUCCCUGACAGCAGCUGUGAGGAUUACACAUACAUCAUGGAGAAUCUCUUCUUAUACGUUGUGAGCAGCCUGGAGCUGCUGGUGGCAGAAGAUUACAUGAUUAUUUAUCUGAACGGAGCAACUCCUCGCAGGAAGAUGCCUGGGAUCAGCUGGCUGAAGAGAUGCUACCAGAUGAUUGACAGGAAACUGAGGAAGAACCUUAAGUGUCUCAUCAUUGCUCACCCAACGUGGUUCAUCCGGACCGUCCUGGCCAUCUCAAGACCUUUCAUCAGCGUGAAGUUCAUGGAUAAGAUCCGUUACGUUCACACCCUGGAUGAACUCAGCCAGAUCAUCCCCAUGGAGCAUGUGCAGAUCCCUGAGUGUGUGUUGCAGUAUGACGAGGAGAAGGUAAGAGCGCAGAGGGAGAGACUUGAGCAAGAGCAGAAUCACACCAACUCAAAACUGCCAAAAGAAAGACCGAAGUCGAUGAUAGCAGACGUGGGCCGUGACAUCUGACAUUAAGAGCUUUACAUUGAAGAACCAAUGGGGACCAUUAUUUCAUUGAAAUGGGAACCAACAUCACAAACCUGGGAUUAAAUGUCCUUCAUGGAUCCAUUACCUGCAAGACAAUCAUUUCUCAGAUACAGUAUCGUCAGUGUCAUGCCUGCUUCUUACUAGAACUUCAACUUAAAACUUAAACCAAAGCAUUACAAGACAACGCUAAAUCAAAACAGUCUCAGCUUCCUGCAUGACAAACUGAGCUUUAUCUACAGCUUCAAAUAUAAACGGUAAAAAAUGAAGACUCGAGCCUCUUCAGACUAUGACCAGCUUCAGAUUGUAAAUAUGUGUACAUAUAUUUUUGAGAGAUGUUUGCACACGUGUAGUUUUGAUAUGAGUGGCAUGGGUGUUGUUGGGUUUGAUGGAAAAUAAUGUGUGACGAUAAUGUUCUUCUUCGACCUCCAGUAGAUGUUACUGAUGCAAACAUAUGUGAAACUUGUGUUUUCCAGAGUUUGAUAUGCAGGUGGCAUGCUUGUUAAAAAUCCUUCUGUCUAUGUCAGGUUUUCAGUCGUUUGCCAUCAUGUUUCAAAAGCUACUUUUACAAGACAGAAAGCUCAUAUUGUUAUAAAACAGAGAUAUUUAAAGAGAGAGAGAGAUCCGAUUUAAUGCUUAAAGUAUUAUUUAUGAAAAUGUGCCAUUUACUGUUUGUAAGAAAUAAACGAGUGAACUA